GCUGUGAAGAGAUCUUUAUUAGCGGAGGAACUUAGCCGGAACAAAAAGGAGGUGGCGCUUGUUUCCGGACGGUGAAGCGCCUGCUCAUCUUUCCUUCGACAGUAUGGCGUCCGUGCUGUUACGGCCUCUGUUUUUCGAGGGUUCCCAUCGUUUGCUUGCUGCUACGCCUGGGCGUAUCACGCUUCGCCCUCAGCCGCGUCGUGAUAACCAGCGCUGGGUCCGUGCCUAUCUGGAGCAGCAGCGGCUGCUCGAACCCCCAAAGCGCCGCUCUGAGAAACCUAACUGGGAUUAUCAUGCAGAACUACAAGCUUUUAGCCACCGGUUACAUGAGAAGUUUUCUGUGGACUUCCUCAAGACUGCAUUUGUUAACCAUUGUUAUAUUAAACAUGAAGAGUCCAGACGCCAAAACCUGGGACUAGACAAAGAAGCAAUUGCCCUUAAUCUCAAGGAUAAUACUGAACUUUCUCUGAAGGGGGCCUCUUUUUCCCAGUCUUACCUUGCACAAUGUUUGAAAGAAGCCUAUCCAAAAAUUCCACAUGCAGGCAUUGAAGCACUUGUUAACUUUCUCACCAGAGAAGAAUUAGUGUGUUAUUUGGCCAAAAACCUGUCUCUACAAGACUUCACACUUUGUGCAGAAUUUCCUGUGCCAUCUAAUGUGCUUCAGCAGACUUUCUUUGCUGUGAUAGGAGCAUUGCAUCAAAGUAGUGGCUCUCAGAGAACAGAGAUCUUUGUAAGGGACUUCUUCAUUCCUCAACUGAUAGGAAAAGAUCUGUUUGAGAUGUGGAACGUUGUAAACCCCAUGGGAUUGUUGCUGGAGGAACUGGCAAAGAGGAAUAUUUCUGCUCCAGAACCAAGACUAACACGGCAGUCAGGAGCUAGCACUGCCCUACCCUUGUACUUCGUUGGAUUGUAUUGUGAUAAGAAGCUUCUGGCAGAAGGUACUGCUGAAACAAUAUUAGCUGCUGAAGAAGAGGCUGCCCGUGUGGCCCUGCGAAAACUUUAUGAGUUCACUGAGAACAGGCGACCAUGGGAUUAUUCUUCUCCAAAAUUAGAGCAGACAGCAGAAAAUGCUAUUAGCAGCAGUUAAGCAGAAAAGGUCACUUCUGUAUGCAAUGAUGCUGCAUUUUAAAGGGGAAAAAAUUAAUGAGUGAAUUAUUAUGAAACUGGCUUUCAAAAUACUUACCAAUUUCCCUUACUGUUAAUAAAUCUCUUUGUCUAUACUUUUUUUUACUACUUUGGAGAGCAAUCACAUUUCAUGCAGAAAAUAAAUAAAUAAAUAAAUUUCAUGCAGUAAUAGUGUAUUAAAGAUCAGUUAGACCUCAUGUUGCAUAAACUCAGAGCAGUCAUGCUUGGGGUACAGUGGGGAAGUCUACAGUGUAAAAUGUCAGUAGAAUUUUGGACAACAAAAUGUUUCAGAUUUCACUAUUGCAUAAAAUUAACUUGUAAAUAUAUAUCUGUGAAUGUCCAUUUCAUAAUGAGUUCCAACACAUUCUUAUUUAUUUAUUAUUUGAUUUAUAUCCCGCCCUUCCUCCCAGCAGGAGCCCAGGGCGGCAAACAAACGCUAAAAACACUUUAAAACAUCAUAAAAAGACCUUAAAAUACAUUAAAACAAACAACGUUAAAAACAUUUUUAAAAAGGUUUAAAAACAUCUUUAAAACAAAAAAAGAGUUAAAAACAUAUUAUUAAAGAAAACAUAUUAAAAGCAAUUCUAACACAGACGCAGACUGGGAUAGGUCUCAACUUAAAAGGCUUGUUGAAAGAGGAAAGUCUUCAAAAGGCGCCAAAAAGACAGCAGAGAUGGUGCCUGCCUAAUAUUUAAGGGGAGGGAAUUCCACAGGGUAGAUACCGCCACACUAAAGGUCCAUUUCCUAUAUUGUGCAGAAUGAACUUUCUGAUAAGAUGGUAUCUGCAGGAAGCCCUCACCUGCAGAGUGCAGUGAUCGACUGGGUGUAUAAGGGGUAAGACGGUCUUUCCGGUAUCCUGGUCCCAAGCUGUAUUCUUGGUUUAUCUCUUAAUUCUCUCUUCCCUGCCCCAGCAUAUAAUGAAACAUGUAAAGUAAGUCUGCACAACAUUAGGCUUAUAGGCUGACUAUGGCCCCUUUGGGCAUUUCCUAAUACCCUUCAUGAACUUGCCACCCUGGGCUCCUACUGGGAGGAAGGGCAGGAUAUAAAUCUAAUAAAUAAUAAUAACUCUGUUCUCUUGGUCCUUCUAAUUAAUGUAUUAAUAAAAAUGUAAACUGGC